AUGGAGCUAUGUCUCGCUUGUGAUGCCUCACCUUAUGGUAUAGGAGCUGUAUUGUCACACAAGUAUGACAACGGAAGCGAACGGCCGAUAGCUUAUAUCUCGAAAACGCUGACAAAAUCAGAGCGAAAUUACGCACAAAUCGACAAAGAAACACUUGCGAUUUACUGGGCAGUAAAGAAAUUCUAUCCUUAUCUCUUUGGACGAAAGUUUACUUUGAUUACGAAUCACCAACCACUUACAUCGAUCUUUAAUCCUUCAAAGAGCAUCCCAGUAACGUCUGAUUCAAGAUUGCAAAGAUAUGCUGUAUUUUUGUCAGGAUUUACAUAUGAUAUUGUGUACAAAAGUACCAAGAAACACACAAAUGCUGAUGCGUUAUCGAGACUCCCUAUGAAGUCAAACGACAACGAUGGACCAGAUGCAUCGGAAAUAUUUAACAUAGAGCAAAUAGAGAAUUUGCCAGUGACCGCAAAAAAAAUUGCAAAAGAAACAAAUAGAAACCCAAUGCUGAGUCGUGUAUACCAACAUGUGACAUCAGGAUGGAUAAAACCAGACGACAAAUCCUUGAUGCCGUUCUACAAUCGUAGAGAUGAAAUUACCACACAACAUGGAUGUUUGAUGUGGGGAAUUUGGGUGAUCAUUCCAACAAAAUUCAGUAAUAUAAUAUUGGAAACUCUUCAUGCGUCGCACCUAGGAGUCGUGAAAAUGAAGGGCAUUGCGAGAAGUUACGUAUGGUGGCCUGGGAUUGAUAAAGAUAUCGAAAACAUCACAAAAUCUUGCACUGGAUGCGCAAAAAUUCAAAACAAUCCAAGCAAAGCACCCGUAUAUCCCUGGCCUUCAGCACCCUGGCAGAGGAUACAUAUCGACUUCGCAGGACCAUUCUUAGACAAAAAUUUUCUCAUCAUGGUUGACGCACACUCUAAAUGGCCUGUAGUUUUCCCGAUGAAUAAGAUCACAUCGUUUAAAACCAUCGAAAUCCUUCGCACGGUUUUCGCAAGAAAUGGAAUUCCAGAGCAAAUCGUUUCAGACAACGGACCACUGUUUACGUCACGUGAAUUUGAUGAUUUUACAAAGAAAACGGAAAUAAAACAUUUCAAAUCUGCUCCAUAUAAUCCAGCAACUAAUGGAUUAGCCGAAAGAUUCGUACAAACUUUCAAACGAAGCAUGAAAUCUAUGAAAAACAACGAAAGGUCGAUCAAUAAAAAGAUUGCGAAUUUCUUAUUGCUGUAUAGGAAAGCGCCUCACAGUAUCACCAAUGAGACACCAGCAAAAUUAUUUCAUGGAAGAAAUCUGCGGACAUGCCUAGAUUUAAUACGACCCGAUACCAGGAAAAUCGUGGAAGACAAAACCAUGAAAAGCGCCGUGGAGGAGAAAGGAACAGUCCGAGAAUUUAAAGAAAACGAUCAUGUAAUUGUGCGAGAUUACAGAAGUAACAACAAAUGGAUUGACGGACAGAUAAGAUCUAAACUAGGACCGUUAUCUUACGAGGUUACAACAAAACAAAGAAGCGUAUGGAAAAGACAAGUAGAUCAAAUGCGCGAUUCAAAACCAAAACCUGAUGAACAAUGUACUGUAAAUUACCCAGUGUCAGAACAAGAGCCGGUAACUGAUGAGACAAACGCGCCAGGUAUCAACGAGUCUCCAGUCAGUCCACAGACAGAUAACGCGACAUCCGAACCGCUAAAUAAACGUUAUCCGACGCGUGUGCGAAAACAAACCAAAAGACUCAUUGAAGAGUGUUCACUUUGUACAUAA